AUGGCCGACCUGCCGUGCGACGGGGACGGCGUGUGCAUGGUGUGCGGCGCGGCGUCCCCGGCGGAGGUCGACCUGCUGCGCUGCGCGACCUGCACCACGCCCUGGCACUCGCCCUGCCUCUCGGCGCCGCCCGCGCUCGCCGACGCCGCCGCCUGGGCCUGCCCCGACUGCUCCGGCUCCUCCGCCGCCCCCGCCGCCACCAAGGCCGGGGCCGGCGGCGGCGCCGACCUGCUCGCCGCCAUCCGCAGGAUCGAGGCCGACGCCUCGCUCUCCGAACUCGACAAGGCGCGCCUGCGCCAGGAGCUCCUCGGCGGCGCCGCGCGCAAGGCGCUCGACGACGGCGAGGACGAGGAUGAUGUCGUGGCCAAGACCGCGUUCGCCAUCAUCGGCUCCAACAUCACCUGCUCCUUCUGCAUGAAGCUCCCCGACCGCCCCGUCACUACACAAUGUGGCCAUAACUUCUGCUUGAAAUGCUUUGAGAAGUGGGUUCAUAGUGGGAAAAGGGUAUGUGGAAAAUGUCGGACAACGCUCCCAUCCCAGAUGAUAGAACUACCAAGGAUUAACUUAGCAAUAGUUGCAGCUAUCCGUACGGCCAGGAAUGCAAAGAAUGCUAAAUCAGCUGUCUCGGCUGGUACAUAUCAUUCUGUAGAAAACAAAGAUAGGCCUGACUCGGCUUUUACAACUGAAAGGGCAGUGAAGUCUGGGAAAGCAAAUGCUUCAAGUGGACAAAUUUUUGUGACUAUUGCACCUGAUCAUUUUGGCCCCAUUCCUGCAAAAUAUGAUCCCAAAAGGAAUCUUGGUGUUUUAGUUGGGGAUACAUGGGAAGACCGCCUUGAAUGCAGGCAAUGGGGUGCUCAUUUCCCUCAUGUAGCUGGUAUUGCUGGCCAGUCUACACACGGUGCUCAGUCAGUUGCACUCUCAGGAGGUUACAUAGAUGAUGAGGACCAUGGAGAGUGGUUUCUGUAUACUGGAAGUGGUGGAAGGGAUCUAAGUGGGAACAAGCGAACAAAUAAGAACCAAUCUUCAGACCAGAAAUUUGAAAAGAUGAAUGCUGCUUUGCGUCUUAGUUGCUUGAAGGGUUACCCUGUCAGGGUCGUACGGUCCCACAAAGAGAAGCGUUCUUCAUAUGCUCCUGUCAAGGGUGUGCGGUACGAUGGUGUUUACCGAAUUGAGAAAUGUUGGAGGAAGAUUGGUGUUCAGGGUAAAUACAAGGUCUGCAGGUACCUGUUUGUGCGCUGUGACAAUGAAGCAGCUCCUUGGGCCAGUGUUCUUACUGGUGACCUGCCAAGACCACUGCCCAAGAUCAAGGAGCUGCAAGGUGCAACUGACAUAACUGAAAGGAAGGGAUCUCCUUCAUGGGACUAUGAUGUGGCGAAAAAGGUCUGGACGUGGGUGAAGCCUGAACCAAUCAGCAAGAAGCCUAUCCGUACAGGGGAUCCUGAAACUGACAAGGAAAUCAGGCAAGCCCAAAGGCGUUCUCAUCUGUCUUUGACUGAGAAGCUGUUGAAAGAUUUUGGGUGUGCCAUUUGCAAGAACGUGAUAACAGAGCCGCUUACCACUCCCUGUGGUCACAGCUUCUGCAAAGCCUGUCUGCUCGGGGCAUUUGCUGGCCAGGCUUCAGUGAGGGAGAGAAGCAGGGGUGGGCGCUCUCUGCGUGUGCAGAAGAUUGUGAAGAGGUGCCCUUCCUGCCCAAAUGACAUCUGCGACUUCCUGGAGAACCCACAGAUCAACCGAGAGGUGAUGGAUCUGAUUGAGUCUCUGCAAGCCAAGGCUGCCGAGGAAAAGAAAGAAGUGGAGGUACCUGGUGAGGAAGAUGAGGAUGCUCUGGAGAAUGAGGAAGAUGAUGACAGCAGCCUGAACGAGGAGGAGAAUGUUGGUGCUGAGACCAAGGACGGAGAACAGGAUGCUGACGCUCCUGCUGUGAAGAUUGUGGUUGAAAGCAUGGAAGAUGCUAAGAAGGCUCUGAAGUGCAAAGGAGAUAAGGAGGAAGGCAAAGAUGACAAGACCAAGACCACUGCCGCUGCUGCAGCUGAAGAGGAUGCUGACAUGGAGGAGGCUACCAAGACUGCUGCUGAAACCAAGGAGGAGGAGGUUGCCAAGCAGGUUCAGAAGAAGCGCAAGGGGCGUGGCACUGAGGCAGCUGCAGCUGGCGGCGGUAAAAGGAAGAAGACUGUCUCUGCUGCCACAGCUGAAGUGAAGAACCCUGGAGGUGGUGGCAGUCCUGCUGCCAGCAGCCCUCGCCGUGCUAUCAGGACCAGCGGGCUGGUGGAUGGUGGUGGGAGCCCUGCUAGCAGGACCAGGAGCAGCGCCAUGGCUGGCGGUGGCAACUGAUUGCCUCUAGAACAGUACCGUAGGCUAGGAAGGAGCCCUGAGGCUAGAACUGAAAGAAGUGGCAGAAGCCGCAAGCCUCAGUUGGUUGCUCUGUUUUUUGGCUGGUCGUUUGUGUUAUGUAAUCUAUAUAUAUUUAGACUGCUUGCCUUGAGACUAUCAGAUGAGGAAGCGCAGGAGAACAAAUACAAGUAAGGUGCGCUGGUUGGAGAUACAUAUAUAGUUUCUCCUUAUUAGGCACAAGCAGAUACUGUUUACUGCAUCUUGUUUUAGCUGAAUGAGCUUUGUUCGUUCAGGCUUGUCCUGGGUGACAACUAUAUAUAUAUAUGCUCGUUUAUGUC